UGUAAUUUUCACAAAAAAAAUAUAAAAAAAAUCAAAAUGUAACAAGCAAAUACAAAAUUUAAACAUAGAUUUAAUAGUUAAAUUGGCAUUUUGUGAUUUUUAUUGAAGUGUAUAAAUAUAAUUCUUACCACUUUCGUUGUUGGAUAAAAAUAACAAAAUGUCAAGAAGUCCAAAAAGCAAGACUUAUCCAGGGAGUUUAUCAGACGCCCUAGGCCUGCAAUGGGCGCCCCGCGACCUGCCCAUGGCGCGGCGCCUCCAAACCCUAGGGGCCAUCGGCUGGAUCAGCCUGGUGCUGUUCGGGGAAGCCUUCGCCAUCUAUCUGUUCUUCAAGCUGGUCUACUCGGAUUACUGGUGGCUGGCUACUGUAUACGCUGUUUGGAUGCUGAGGGACAAUGAUACGCCGGCUAGAGGGGGACGCACGUUUGAAUGGGUGAGAAACUGGGCCUGGUGGCGUUACUACCGCGAUUACUUCCCCCUCAAGCUCGUUAAGACAGCCGAAUUGGAUCCUUCCAGAAACUACCUCCUCGCAUGUUUCCCACACGGCGUUGUCUGCACCGGCGCCUUCGGGGCUUUCGCUACAAAUGCCUUGGACUGGUACAAGAUAUUCCCUGGAAUGAGCUGCAAUAUGAUCACUUUGGGUGGACAUUUUCUGGUACCGUUCUUCAGGGAUUUGAUACUUGCGCUGGGCGCUUGCACAUCGUCGCGAGAAAGUCUGCUGUAUCUGCUGGAUAAGAAGAAGCAUAAAGGCAACUGUGUGGCGCUGAUCGUUGGAGGGGCUGCUGAGGCGUUGGACUCCCACCCUGGAGAGUACAGUGUCAUCUUGAGCAGGAGGAAAGGAUUCAUCCGUAUCGCGAUGAUGUCAGGAGCGCCCCUUGUGCCAGUUUUCUCAUUCGGCGAGCCCGAUGUGUUCCGGCCACUAAACAACCCUCAGGACAGCUGGCUUAGAUGGUUCCAGGAAUCGGUACGGCGAUGGACCGGCAUCUCGCCCAUGUUCCCUGUGGGUCGCGGCGUGUUCCAGUACAACUUCGGCGUGGUGCCGCUCCGCGCACCUGUUACUACUGUUGUCGGUACUCCCAUGGAAGUCCAGAAGAACCCGGACCCCACCGAUGAAGAAGUGGAUGCAGUGCACGCAGAGUUCACACAGAGGCUGGUGGCUCUCUUCGACGCGGAGAAACACAAGUACUUGAAGAACGCUGAGAACACGCAUCUGAUUAUUACGUAACGGGAUAUUUUUUAAUCCAUCCUUGAGAAGCGGGUUGUAGGAAAUCAGGUAUAUUUUUCAUACAGCUUGGCAAAAAGAGUAGAAAUGGAACUAUUUUUUUUUGUCAUAGCAACACUUACUUUUCUCAUACAGAAGUGUCAAAAUAGUUGCCACAUACAAAGCGGUUCACAUAAGACGGUGCCUCUAUUAUUGUCUACUCUUUUUUGCCAGGCUGAUGCAGGUAUCAUAUACCGGUAGUUACUUAAGGAUUUUGAGGUUAUGAUCCUGGGUGUCUGAAUGUGCUAAGAUUGCUAUACUAUAACAAAUCCCUAUGGGUUAAUAAUAAACUAUCGAACAAAUAUUAUGGAUACCUCCACGCCUCGAUGUUCGAAGUAGACCUAGUAGACGAAAACUAUUACUUUAUGGGAAACGUUUACGCGUAGUUACUUAAGGAUUUUGAGGUUAUGAUUCUGGAUGUUGAAAUUUGUGAUGGCUAUUACUAUAACAAAUCCCCAUGGGUUGAUAAUAAAACCUCCAGACCUUGAUGUAGAC